CAAAAGCUUAGAUUUAACUCGAGGAAAACUUCCUUAAAGUGAAAGCAGGAUUGUCCACAUUCAAGUCAGCAACUCUGCAGUACUGCUGAAGUUGAUUUGGUGAUUUGGUUAAGAAAAGAGAUGGGUCUCUUUCAUAAUAUUAAGUUCUUUGUGCUGUGCCAUGGAAUGCUCCAGCUUGCACAGCUGCUGGUUUCUGGGUAUCUGAAGGGCUCCAUUUCGACAAUAGAGAGAAGAUACGGCCUGUCCAGCCAGAAGUCAGGAAUACUUGCCUCUUUUAAUGAGGUGGGAAACACGGUUCUUAUCGUGUUUGUCAGCUAUUUUGGAAGCCGUGUACACCGACCCAGGUGUAUUGGCAUUGGAGCGAUCAUAGCAAGCAUGGCGGCAUUUCUUAUUUCCCUGCCACACUUUAUCAGUGGCAAGUACGAGUACACAGAUUUCAAAAACAGUACCACCAAGCAAAGCUCUGGUUUUUGCCAAGACACAAGCAGCCAGACAUGUUCAGAAAUCAAGAGUCAUGCCAACAAUGCAGUGUUUCCGAUACUCCUCUUGGGGCAGUUGCUGCUAGGUAUUGGGGGAGUUCCUAUCCAACCCUUCGGUAUUUCCUACAUAGAUGACUAUGCAAAUAAGAGGAAUUCGCCGUUUUAUCUUGGAAUAUUGUUUGCUGUAACUGUUAUUGGACCAGCAGUGGGUUACUUGUUGGGGUCUGUCCUGCUCCGGCUCUAUGUUGACUUUGACACGAUGUCUCCUGCGGAAAUUGUCUUGAAGAGAGAUGAUCCCCGUUGGGUUGGAGCUUGGUGGCUGGGUUUCCUUCUAGCUGGUACCUUGCUCUUCCUUACCUCCCUGCCAUAUCUAUUUUUCCCCAGAAGCAUGAUAACAGAAGUACAUGAAGAGGCCACGACAGAGUGUGGAGAUAAAAAAUUAAAAGAGAAGAAGGAACCGGUAUCAGACACUCCACGUGACCUUUCUCUCCUCCAGUUCCUUAAAAAAUUUCCAUACAUCAUGCUGAGAACCCUGAGGAACCCCAUUUACCUUUUGGUGGUGCUGGCUCAGGUGAAUCUAGCAGCGAUGGUCGCUGGACUUUCAACGUUCAUGCCGAAAUACAUUGAGAGACAUUUCGCUCAAACUGCAGCCUUCUCCAACUUGAUGAUUGGUGGGGUGAACCUCCCGAUAGCCAUGUUGGGCAUCAUGGCGGGAGGUAUGAUCCUGCGCAGGUUCAAUCUGUCCGUUAAGGCGUCUGCGAUCAUGUGCAGCAGUGCAGUGCUGUUGUCCGUCAUCUUCGCCUUGCCGCUACUCUUCUUCUCUUGUCCGAGACAAAAGAUUGCUAGAGUAAACCACAAUGAAAGCUACUACCAAAAUUGUAUGGCGUGUCCCUGCUCCGAGGAGGCUUUCAACCCCGUGUGUGGUUCUGAUGGUGUGGAGUUCCGCUCUCCUUGCUAUGCUGGCUGCAAAACCGACACAUUACAGAACUACACAGACUGCGCUUGUGUAGGUCCACCAAGCUCUCCAGGACAUGCCAAAUUAGGACCAUGUGCGAACAACUGCUCCCACCUCCUCAUCCCUUUCAUGAUUUUCUCCACGCUCACAUGCGUUUUGGGGUCCUUGUCUCAAACGCCAUCAUUCAUGAUGAUUCUCAGGACUGUGAAGACAGAAGACAAAUCCUUUGCCCUUGGAAUCCAGUUCAUGCUCUUCAGAGUACUAGCGUUCCUCCCAGCGCCUAUCCUGUAUGGAAGUGCCAUCGACACAACCUGUAUUCUGUGGGGGAAAAAGUGUAAAAAGAACACUUCCUGUCAUUACUACAACUUAGAUUAUUUCAGACAAAGAUUUCUUGGACUUAUGACAUUUUUCUUGUUCGGAGCGUUGGUCUUUUUCUUCCUCUCCUAUUUGGUUCUGAGGAGAAAUGAUCCUGGGCAGCAAAAUAAAUCAGAACAAAGGCAGAGCAACGGUACAAUUGAGAAGAAGGAGAUGAAAGAGUCAAAAUCGGAAAUCUACUAAAACGUCCAAAGAGAACGAAUCAAUCUGAAGAUCGACGAAUCGAUCUGGGCCAGGAAAAGAUAGGAAAUACUGAUGGAUUUGCAACAAGUCUUUGCAAUCACAAGUCACAAGGAUAUUAUAUUCUGUAGCAUUAAACAUAUAUUAUCUUCACUGUUGUGCUGAUGAAGCAUCUGAAUACACUUACACACACUAAAUACACUUACAAACUGUGAAGCCGCUGUAACUUUUUCUUCAUCUGAGCCUUUAGUGAACCCUCAAAAGAAAACUUGUCCAAAUGAUUUUUACUACACUGCCUGGCUAAAAAACAAAUCAGGGAAGUCCAACACAUUAUGAAAACCUGGAUUGGAAAAUACAUAAAUAAUGAAAGGCGAUCACUUAAAUGCUUGGUGAAAUUGUGUUGUAAAAAAAUUGGUUACAGAAAUCACAGCUAUGUUUAAUAUUGAAAGUAAGAUACAGAUACAAGGUGCUUGGGCCCGCUCAUCCUUGCUUGCAACUACUGUAUAUUCUGUAUAUAUAUAUUUUUGACCAGGCAGUGUAGAUUGGGCUGUGAUAAUGGACCAGGUGUUAUGAACGUUGCAGUCUUGGUUGAGUUUGCUUUACAUUAUCUGAACUAUUAGUUUAAAAAAAAAAAAAAAAAAAAAAGCAGAGAAGAUUGUUUGGAUUAUGUUACUGGAGUGUUACUGACAAACAGAGGGCAUUAUGGAGAGAGGGCAGUUAGAUCUUAUUUGAUUUUAAAUGUAUUUUAGGUUUGAAAUACUGAAAAUACAGUAUAUUACUUUUUUAUCAUUAAAAAUACAAAAAUGUAAGCAUUCUUACUAUGGUCAAAAAAUUAUCUACGAUAUAUGUUUUAUUUGUAUAUAUACAAUAUAUGAUAUAUUUUGAUAAAAGUGUACAUGUUUCAUAAACUUAUAUUCAUUUUUAUGUGAAUUUGAUACAUUUGGAUAACUGUUAAAUAUUAUGGCAUAUACUUUUUAACUGUGACAAAUGUUUCUAAAUCUUAAUCACAGACAUGCAAGAAAUAAAUAGACACAGUUUAUUAGUUUAAAAUGUAUGCACCAAAAUUUGUUACAUUUGUGAGCUUUUAAGGUUUAGCUAUUAUAAAUCCUUUGGGUUCUGAGUCUCAACAUAGAGUGAACCUUUUGUUCUCAAAAGCACAAUGAUGUUUUCCUGAAGGCUCAGUCUUGACUUUAAACCCCUUUCUUUUUACGGUAACUGAACUUGAAUUCCAUUAACAAUAGAAAGGGGGAUUUGGCAAUUCCUAGUAUUUGCCUCUGGGCCUCGGUCCACCCUCUGACUGACCAACAAUCUUUCUCACAAAGUUCUCACAUCUAGGCAUACUUAAAGACGUUUCUGUUUCAAUCUGACAAAAAGGGAAAAUAUUAGUCACAGCAACAAAUUUUGGUGCAUAUUAUCACCAAAUUUUUUGUAAAUCAUUUGAUCAUUAAUAACUUUUGGUGCUUAUUUAUUCUGGUAUGUCUGUCUAGUUAAGUUCUGAUUCACUGAAAAAAAAAAAAAAAGCCUGUUAAGUAGACUAGCAGAUAUAGGAAUGUUUGCUUGUUUAUACAAUAAUCUAAUCAGGCGAUCAUGUGGCAGCACAAUGCAGUAGAUACAGAACAAGAUCUAAAGUGGACACAGUUAAAAAAAAAUAAAAAUUAAUCAUCUGGUCGAGUUUUUAUUGAAUGUGUGCAGUGCUCUCCUUCAGAUUCCUGUACUGUGCUGAUAGGCUUGUAAACCUUGUAGCUCAUUCCACUGAAGUUUUAACAUCUUAUCCUUCCGGGCUGCUUCUCUGCCUACCGUCUGUGGAACAGUAAAUGCAUCCUCUGACCUUUCAAAUUCAAAUAGUUUUCCUUUUUCAUUCACACCAUGUCAUGUUUAUUUGUGAUGAUCAUGAAUGAAAUGGUUGCUGCCACAUGAUUGGCUGAUCAUAGUGGAUUAUUGCAUGAUGUGAACCAGCAGGUAUCCAAGUUUUUAUAUAAAAUUGCCUUGUGAGUAUAGUCUAAAGCACUAAUUCAUUUUCAUUGUUGACACAAAGCCAGUCUACGGUGUAAUAACUGUACUGUAAGUUUAAAUGUGAAUUGUGUGGAGUAACACGGUUGAAUGUCGUUGAAAGUUUUCAGCAAUCGAAUGUGACACUUGUAAACAUGGUCCAAAUGUAAUUUGUAUUAUUAUUGACAAACUUUUAUUUUUUCUGUCUUUCUUGUUGGUGUAGCAUAUGUCUGUCUUACUGUGUAUGUUUAUGAAAGCCAUUUAUACUCUUGAUUUAUUUUUGUAUAAAUACACACAUUUACUUGUACACAUUUUACCCACAGAUGCACAGAUAUUCCAGUCUUUUUUAUGUUCAUUUUUAUGUAUCUUUUUUCAUAACUGGGUAGGAUUCAAAAUCAAUCAGUGACCACCUGUGAUUGAGACAAAAAAAAAUUAGCUGGGUUACAGUGGGUUUGGGGGACAUUUGCGAAGUCAGCUAUUAAGUCACCCAGGUCAGUUUUGCGCUAUGGCUAAUAGAAAUCGGUUGAAAUUGAUAAAAUGUAAAAAAAUAAAAAAUAAAU